UUAAUGGUGUUUAUUAUCACCAUGAAGACAUGGGCAUUGCCCCUUGAUGGCAAUAGGAGAUGGGGUCAGAAGACUAGUGAAAUGUCUCACGUGCAGUUCCACACAACGGACAAUUUGUGCUGGUGAAAUGAUCAGCCUAAAUAGCCGAAAGGCUUCAGCGUGUCGUGGCCUUUACGGCUUUCAUUUCAUACCUGUCACUCAAAGCGGGAAGGUCACGCCCUCUCCGUCAAACAUCACUCGUUCCCGACUGUCACAUCUGCGCUGGUGUGUCCGAGGCGCGCUGUCAGUAACGUCGUCAGUCAAAUGUGAUUAAUUUGGAAACCGCUGAGGUGUGUGUGUCUGUUGUGGCUGACACACACUAUUAACACCAAGUUGCUCCGUUUAUAUGGUAAUUAGACGUGCUUCAGGGACCCCAGCAGCUGCAGAUAAGGUAUCAUAAACAGGCCUUCGCUCUUUGGCUUGUCUUAAGGGAGGGUUCCUCCCUCUGUUCCGUUAAACAUUUUGAGAUAAAUGCUGCAGCGUGCUUCAUUACGUCAGGAUUUAUGACUUAAAGGCGGUCAGGCCGUUGGGUAAUGAGCAAUAUGUUUUUUAUGACUCGCUGGGCAGUGGUAGAAACGGACCGUAUGAAAACAACCGAGAGGAGCUGAGGAGCAGUGAACGGUGUUGUAAAGCUCACAUUCGCCCAGACUGUACGUACAGAAGAGACGUUAAUGUAUUCGGCAGCAAACACUUCAGCUUUCCAGCCGUUGCUUGUGGAAGCUGGGAGCAGUCCAGCCAUUACUUAUGUAACCGUCUGUGGUGUCAGAGCGUAACUCUGAAGGCAGUGAACCAGUAAGGAACCGAGAGCCACAGGGCUGAAUAUGAAGAGACCGAGUCACGUCAGACCAGGCGGUCAUGAUAACUCAGGCCUGGAGCUCACUGAUAGAGUAUGUCACCAAACAGCACAGCAGGUCACGAAUUUGUCUGCCUCAGUAGCGCAGUCUGUUUCGCAGUGGGCGUCCUACACCAGGGGCCGAUGGAAACGGGCUGCUUGUAAAUGUGUGAGGAAGAAACCCUCAGGGGAGCCUGUGGGCAGGAAGUACAAAGGCCUCGCCUGGGAUGAGGACGCUGUAGAUGGGCCUGACAAAGAGCAGCGGCUGAACAGAUGCCUGCUGGACCACUUCCGAGUCCUGGCCACCAGCAACCAGGACGCCGAUGAGGUCGACCUGCAGUACCUGAACGGCAUCCUCGCCGAGGGUGCCGACCCCAAUUCACCAGACAAAUAUGGACAGACAGCACUGCAUGAGAUCUCUCGGGCCUGGAACGUAGAUGUGAUGCGGUUCUUUCUGGAGAGAGGAGCAGAUGUCCUGAGGGCUGACGCAUUUGGCGUCACUGCUUUGCACGUGGCAGCAGCCUUGGAUUACGAAGAAAUGAUUUGGUUCCUUAUAGAAAGAGGAGCUGAUAUUGAGGCGCGCACUUAUAAAGACCUGCAAACAGCAUUACACUUUGCUUCUAAGAAUGAUGCAAUUGGGGCAAUUCAGAUUUUGCUGCAGAAUGGUGCAGACAUUGGUGCACAAGACUACAAACAAAGAACUCCGCUACAACUGGCUGCCAACCUAGAGCGCAGUGAAGCUGCGCACACACUGUUGGAGCUGGGGGCAGAUGCCGGGCUGCAGGACUCUGAUGGACAACUGUGCAUCACCGCCAUGAUUGGCAAGAUGACGCCUGUGGCCAAACUGGCACUGAAUCAGUUCCACGUGAAAGACCCAGUGACUCGGCAGCAGUUCUACUACCUGCAGCUGCUUGAACCAGAGCCAGCGUGCAAGAAAAAUUCACAAGGGCAACACCGCAGUGAGCCUUUAUCACCGCUGGGGCUUAUUGUUCACCAAGGGAAACUGGACCUCAUUAUGCAUCCUGUAGUGCUGAAACUCAUUGCUGUCAAAUGGAACCUAUACGGCAGACUGGGUGCCUGGAUUCUCUUGCUGCUUAAUUUUUUAUUUAUCAUUUCCUGGACAGUUGUGGCCAUUUCUGUGUCUGUGUCACGGGAGGAGGGUAGUCGGUAUAUUUUUCCUCAGGACUGGUGGCGGGUGGUGGUGGUGGCGGUGGCAUUGGGACUGACUGUGUUGGAGGUGUACAGGGAGGUGAUGGAGGUCCUGCACUCCUUCAGAAAGCUGAAGGACUGGCAGCAGUGGAGCGAUCGGAGACUCCGUGAAGACCUGGCCUGCACUCACCCCAUGUGGCCCGAGGAGCGGCAUUAUUUAGAGGGGCAGAGGAGGGCUGUCUGGAAUUUGAAAGGGAGCUACUCACAAGACUGCUGGAACAUAUUUGAUUGGCUUGUGUACAUAUUGUUGAUAGCUGUCUUGAGCCUCCAUUUAGCUGAUGUAUACCUGGUUUCACAUGCACUUCGAACGUAUAGCCUUCGCAUCUUCGCUGUGACCAUCAUCUUCCUUUGGCUAAGGCUGAUGAAGCAUGUCCGGGCCUUUAGGGUUAUGGGUCCUUUCACUGUCAUGCUGGGGAAGAUAGUGGGUGAUGUUCUGCGCUUCCUCUUCUUAUAUGCAGAGAUCUACAUCCCCUACGCCUGUGCUUUCUGGAUUAUAUUUGGAGGCUUAGUGAAUGUGCCUAGCAUGCAGACAGUGCCCCAGAUGCUCUACAGCCUGUACCGGAUCACCCUAGUGGAUGAGUACGAGUUUGAUGCCAUGGUGGCCGUGGACUCCAUCAUGGCUCACCUGCUCUGCGGUACUUUUCUGGCGCUAUCCUCUGUGUUGUGUGUCAACCUCAUGAUCGCCCUGCUCUCUGACACCUUCCAAAGAGUGCAUGACAACGCGCAGGCAAAUGCAGUGAUGCAACAGGCGACCGUUGUUCUGCAGGUAGAGGAGUCCAUGCCUUACCUGCAACGUUUCUAUGAUAAACAGUACAUUCACAACUUCUGUGCUCCCCUUGGAGAGUUUUACGAUGGAGACGUCAUAACUGACCCAGAUCAGCAAGAAGACAUGAAGAAACUGUCUGCACAGAUUAAGGUUACUUUGGAUGAGUAUUUGGACAUCCAAAAGGAGACAAAACCAAAUGAGAGCUACAGAGCAAAUGAGAGCUACAGAGCUACUAGAAGGACAACCUCCUCACUAGCAGUGCAGGCAGAAUGGUGCAGCACAUUAGUCAGACUUGAGAAGGACCAACAACAACAGAUUCAAGAUCUACGAGACAUACGGGAAGAUCUGAAGAAGCUACAGACAUUACUGUUGCAGAUCAUUCCGUCAGAGUCUAAAAAAUCUGGUGAUGAAGUGUCUAAUACAUCUUCGGCAGUACUGAAACUGGACAAAGAUAAUGCCAUCUAAAAUACAGAAAACCUAGCUGUGCAGUAAUUAUGGAACAAAGUCAAUAAAAUCACAGUUGUGUGAUGGUUACAUGAUAAUUAUGUUAACUUGUAGAUGGUUUGCUUACUAUAUACAAUUACCUUGUGACCAGCUUAUUGUGUUUUGGAUACCUUAUUGUUGGUUUCACUGAUACGGUGAAACAUAUAUACUAACCAGUAUUGAUAAGUGCUAUGCCAGAACUGAUUAUCUUUGAUCAGUUUGAAAUUUGGGCUAGCUUGUGUUGCUUUACUACCCAGAGUACAAACACUUAUAUUACCUUUUAAUCAAUAAAAAAUACCAAUUAAA